AGGCAGGCAGCUUGCCUUUAGAAAGCCAUGGCUGACGGCCUUCAAGUCACAGUGCCUGACAAGAAGAAGGUGGCCAUGCUCUUCCAGCCCACCGUGCUCCGCUGCCACUUCUCCACGUCUUCCCAUCAGCCUGCCGUCGUGCAGUGGAAGUUCAAGUCCUACUGCCAGGAUCGCAUGGGGGAAUCCCUGGGCAUGUCCUCUCCCCGGGCCCAGUCUCUCAGCAAAAGAAACCUGGAGUGGGACCCCUACUUGGAUUGUUUAGACAGCAGGAGGACUGUUCGAGUGGUAGCUUCCAAACAGGGCUCGACCGUCACCCUGGGAGACUUCUACAGGGGCAGAGAGAUCACGAUUGUGCAUGAUGCUGAUCUUCAAAUUGGAAAACUCAUGUGGGGAGACAGCGGACUCUAUUACUGUAUUAUCACUACCCCUGAUGACCUGGAGGGCAAAAACGAGGACUCGGCCGAAUUGCUGGUGUUGGGCAGGACAGGGCUGCUUGCUGAUCUCUUGCCCAGUUUUGCUGUGGAGAUUAUGCCAGAGUGGGUGUUUGUUGGCCUGGUGAUCCUGGGAAUCUUCCUCUUCUUCGUCCUGGUGGGGAUCUGCUGGUGCCAGUGCUGCCCUCACAGCUGCUGUUGCUACAUCCGCUGCCCAUGUUGUCCAGAUUCCUGCUGCUGCCCGCAGGCCUUGUAUGAAGCAGGGAAAGCAGCAAAGGCCGGGUACCCUCCCUCUGUCUCCGGUGUCCCCGGCCCUUACUCCAUCCCCUCUGUCCCCUUGGGAGGAGCCCCCUCAUCUGGCAUGCUGAUGGACAAGCCGCAUCCACCUCCCCUGGCACCAAGUGACUCCACUGGAGGAAGCCACAGUGGUGGCCCUGUUGUCCACCCGGCAGCCCCAACCAGAAGCAGGGACCUUGUCCUCAUCUCUGCCUCACUUCCCUCAUCCGUUCGCAAAGGCUACCGGAUCCAAGCGGACAAAGAGAGAGACUCCAUGAAGGUCCUGUACUACGUCGAGAAGGAGCUGGCUCAGUUUGAUCCGGCCAGAAGGAUGAGAGGCAGAUAUAACAACACCAUCUCGGAACUCAGCUCCCUGCACGAGGAGGACAGUAAUUUCCGCCAGGCGUACCACCAGAUGAGAAGCAAGCAGUUCCCUGUGUCGGGGGAUUUGGAGAGCAAUCCUGACUACUGGUCAGGUGUCAUGGGAGGCAGCAGUGGGGCAAGCCGGGGACCCUCAGCCAUGGAGUAUAACAAAGAGGAUCGGGAGAGCUUCAGGCACAGGGCGCGGCCCGAGGGCGCCAGCCGCGGCGGCAGCCUCGAGACGCCGUCCCGGCUGAGCGCGCAGCUCGGCCGUCGCAGCGCCUCCUACUACGCCUGGUCGCCGCCCGGCACCUACAAGGCGGCCUCGCCGCAGGGCGACGACGACGACUCGGCCGACGACGACGACGACGACGACGCGCUGCCGCCCUACAGCGAGCGCGAGCUGAGCCGAGGCCCGUCCUACCGCGGCCGCGACCUGCCCUACCACGGCAACUCGGAGAAGAAGCGGAAGAAGGAGCCCACCAAGAAAACUAGUGACUUUCCAACCAGGAUGUCCCUUGUGGUCUGAUGUUUGUUUUCAAGCCGUCUCUCUGGGUGACUAGAAAUCAGGAGCGGACUAUGGAGACAAGACACAAAUCCAAGAGCCAGCAGGCCCGGGACUUUCUCUGGACACCACCUUGGAAGAUUUGACCUUUGCUUUGGCAAGGGAUUGGGGGGAGCGUCCUUUAAGGGGGGGGGGGGCUGAUUCCAAACUUCAGCGUACAUCUAACUGGUGUGAGAAACAAGAGGACUACGUUGUGAGAACAUUCCACGCACGGAGUGUCUCAUCCACUGAGUUCAUCCUGCCUGAUGUUUUUCCUUAGCCAAACCGGGAUUCCUUUUCCAAUUCUUAAAGGGAAUUAGCUCUGGACCGCCGAUCCCUGGAAAACGCCUCUGCCUACGGUAUGCGCUUCUGUACUUCCUGUGCUGUGCUUAGAGACAGAAGAACUUAUUACUACCAUUAGAAGAAGGCCUGAUACUGACAACAGAAGAUAGCUUUAGGCAAAGUAUACCUUUUACCCCCGUCUCCCAGUCACUAGUCAGUGACUAUUGUUACGCUAAAAUCAGAGGGCCUUUGGUGAGCUCAGUGACAGUGACCUGCUGGACGAUCACAGAAGUGACUUCAACUUGCCGUUCCGAAUGACAUGCCUUGAGUGGCUGCGACGAAACAAAAGAGUAUACGUUUUUGAAAAGCUGUGCAAGUGGGAUUUCUUUUUCCACUCUGAGAACAUAAACUGCUUUUUCUCCUUCUGCUGUGCACAGUGACAUGUGAGUCCCGGACAUUAAGGGCUCUCCUCACCCUCCUUCUCCGGGACUUUUCACAUGGCGGUGCCACCCACAGAGCCCCACCUCCCUCUGCACCCUGAUUCACUUGUCAUCAGGUGCCUUUUGAUAAACGCUUAAAACGCACACAUGAAGGGGAAGGGGAAGAGAAAGGACAAAGCAGUAAGUAGCGAAGAAUGGAAAAGAAUUUAAGGGGAAAAGAAUAUACGAUCUCAUUAUGUUUUGGAUGUGGGCCAUUUCCCCUACAGAUUCCACGUGAUCUUCUCUGGUUUUGUACUUCAUUUACCGUGAGUUGUUUCCGCCAUCCCAGCCCUGCCCUUCCAGGACACCGGAGAUGGUGGAGUGUGCAACUCUUCGCCUCAUCAGAUUGCUGCUCUAGAUGCUUUGGGAAACAAGUGAUCCGGCUCUCUCGGGAAGCAACACUUCCUAUUCCCACCCUUGCCUAAAUGACAGAUUUUGCCUAAAUCCCAAAGCUAGAUAUCUCUGGAUGUUGUAAUUUGUGUAGAUUGCAAAACAAAACAAAACAAAACAAACAAACAAAAAAAAAAAAACGGCCAUAAAUUCUUCCCUCCUCAUCAAGAGGUGCGGCCUGUUUCUCUACCCCUUACAUCUGGGAUUGGCCAUGUGAUUUGAUUUGGCCGGUGGCCCAAAACAUGUAACACAAGCAGAGACUUGGAAAAAUUUUUGUGCAUGGGGCCUGUUUUCUCCUGCUGCUCUUGGAAACCCUGCAGUUGCCACUAGGUGCACAAGCCUGGGCUGUCCUGCAGCAUGAUGAGAAAAAAGGCCCGGUCCCCCUGCCACCCUGACAGCCCAUCAAGUCUCAGCUGAUCGCAAACACCGGCGUGAGCCAGCCGCGACCAACAGAAGAACUGCCUCGCUGAGCCCAGCCCAAGUUGCUGAUUCCUGCUCAAGGCUGAGAAGUUGGUGCACCUGUUACAUGUUCCUUUCUCUUGGAGGAAAAGCUAUUUCUACUUGUCUGGGUGUUCUUCAUCCCUGACUCCAUCUAACUUAGGCGUCUCACAGUCUCCACUUUCUUUGGCAAACGUUUGUCAAAGCUUUUCACCCCACGCCAUUGUGGUGGGACACAGGGUUGGGUCAGAUCCCCGGAGGACAAUGAUACCUGGCCUCCCAGCAGUGGUAAAUUUUUUUAUCUUUGAAUCCCCGGGCAACCUACGAAGGUUUCUUCUUCAGCAACUCCUUGGUCUUCUCCAGAGCGACCUGAUUGGAGCUGGGCCCUAUUCUCAGAGUACCAUUCCACUGGUAUCCAUUUACUUCGUGACGUGUCCAAAACCGUCCUGCGUGUGCAGUGAAAUAAAGAAGUGGCUGGUGGUGAGGGUCAGAGGAUGAGUUGAUAUCACUGCUUAGAGGAGAACUGGCCCACCAAGCGACUUUGCAGUGGCUUCGGCCUGUCUGAGAGGAACCAGGGACGGUUCAGGCCAGCGCUGGCACUUCCAAGGGUGGGGGACACAAGCCAUAACCCUGGUGCUGAGUUUUAGACUUGCUGGUGUGUCCCUGGCCUCUAAGAGCCUAGGUCUAGUCUGUUUGUUUUGGCCCCAGUUCAGACGGAGAAGAUGAUUAAACAUCAUUUCUUAGUCACCAGCUUUGGAUUUCAACUUGCUCAGGCAAUUCUAGAGAAUAUUGGGUAGCUGUAGUAGCUAUUAUCUCUUUAUACUGAGCACUGUGUCAGGCUUCUCUCCACCAAAGAGCCCCAUAGCACCAGCUGCAGAGACCAAACAUACUGCUUUUGUUAGCCGAGGGCAUGUAUGAUUUUGGCGAAGGUUAGGGGAGUCGUGGAAAAGAAUUUGUAAAAUUGGAGACCUGCGGUUCCAAAGACGACAAAACUACAGUCAACACGAUACGAAACACAACGAUGACAGGCCACCCAAGUAACCUGGGGACAUAGGACCAGGUUGUCCCCUGUAGGGCUGCAUGAAUCACCGAAAUUUCCAGGCCUUCGGCCAGGAGAGAACACCUGCUUCUGGGUAUGGGGCCGCAGACAGGGUUGACUGCGCAGGUGAAGGUAAAGCUGGCCAUCCUCGGCACCCCGGCUCUUCUCAGCGGGUCCUUUUGUUUCUUCCCUGAAUAGCGUUUCCCACAUAGGACGGACUCAACACACAUUAGCUUCCUUCCUAGGUCCCACUGGGUACAAAAUAAGUCUUGUGGAAGACAUGGUCUCUGUCCACUGGGACCCUGCAAUUGAACAGGCGAAAUAAGACAUGCCCAAGAAAGAAUUAGGAGAUUUUAUGCAUAUAAUGUGAAAUAUUGCUAUGGAUAAAUUAUAACAAACCCAGAGAAUUAAAGUUUUUAAAUUUAAAUGGGUAUAUUUUGAUAUUUAAAUGUUGUGUGUGUGUGUGUGUCCAUCCAUUGUAUUUAAAGAUCUGCUCAGUGUCCUGAAAAGCCAGUGUUAAAAAAGUGUGACUGCAAGAGGUGAAUUCGGAUGGGGGAGGGGGGAGUACAAGGCCGAGGGCCCAGUGGGUUGAUGGAGGAGCUGCUGUGUUUGCCUGUGAGUCACAGCUGAGUCAGGGAUGUGUUGGAUAAGAGGGCGUGGAUGCAGGUGGCAGGAGGUAUCCCCCAGGACUGCUUCUUUAGGUCCUGCGUAGACUCGCCAGGAAGCCCGGGACGCUUGCGGUGGCCCCGGUGGUACAUGUCAGCUGUCCCGCCCGGGCGUGCUCCCGGGGGAGCUCUGCGUCUCCUUAUCCAGGGGCUCCAUUCCGCAGCCGUGAGUGUUGCUGGCCACCGUCACCCGCACGGAGCAAGUCUGGCGGAGAUAAUGGGCCUCUCCUCUCCCUUCCCGCGACCGUCCCUCUGCACCUGGCACGGGACUGUGCAGAGUGGGGGUGGGAAGAGGCUGCCACCGGAGCCCGAGGCGCUCCGUGCUGAAAACAGCCACGUCGGUAAAUAGUUCUAAAUAGUCUGAAAGACUUCACGUAGGCAAUCUGAUUAGACGUCAGGCAGCCUUUUCGGGAGGCCGAAGUCACAGACACUGCUGUAAUCCAGCCCCCCUUUCCUUUGUGGCUGGAGAAACGAACUGUCACUGCCAUUAGUGAAAUCACAAAUCUGAUUCAGCCUUUAGACUCCAAGCCGUUGCUGCUGGGUCAGUGUUUCCCCAAAUUGCCUAACCGUACAAAUUACUUGAUUGCUGUUAAACAUGUAGUGUUGGGCCCUGUCUUGGAGAUUUAUUGGGUGGGUCUGCAGCGAGGACUUGUUCUUUUAACGUACGUUUCAGAAGAGUCCUGUGAUCAGACGCGUUUGGAAAAUGCUGCACUAGAUCGUAACUAAGGUGCACCCCGGUCUCGAGGCCCCCUUGGGCUUUGAAAUUUUUGCUUAAACAUCUUGGGGAGGUCCCUUUUACUCCCUUGGGGCUGGCAGUGGUGAAGCACCCAGCAAUCUGGCUGCCACGGUGGUAACUGACUCGCCAGGGUCCAGGGGUAGGAGAACUGUCUGAGGCAGAGAGAAAGGAAAGCUAGGCGCACUCCCAAGAACCUGUUCUAGAUGUUUCUAAUCCUGGAAAAGUGAUCUGUUGUGACGAUCCCAGAUCUGACAACAAGAAUUACAGGUAAUUUUCUCAUUCCCUUGAUGUCACUCCGAGCAAAACUUAGAUCGUGAAUAGAAAGGAAAAAGACCAUUGGGAAACGGCAAAUCAUUUUUUGAAGCAUUCAAAUUGCCAGCCUGGCUGUGGUCAGCACCCACUGCCACCUUAAGGCCCAAAGUGAGAUGGAUGGGCAAGAAUAACAAAAUCUACAUUACCCUUCCAAGGUCAGAUUUAGAUGAUGCUAGAAUCUUGCAAGAGUUGAAACUGAUUUAUAGGAUGUAGAGAUCCAAAUUCACCAAAAUAGGGCCUCAGGUACUUAAAAGUCCUAGAGAAAAAAAGUGCCUAGUUUUUUGUGUUUUUGUUUUUUUUUUUUUUUUUUUCUUCCUGCCAGGAUCCUACCUCCUAGUCACCUGGGAAGCUGAUCCACAGAGCUUGAAGUGAGGGGCUUUUGCCACCAGAGUGGAACAGAGAUAAUGCUGAGCUGCUUUAAGCGGCAGCCUGAGUUUUGGCAUUGCCUGAGGGAGAUAAGAAGGUUAAUAGUAAUGGUAUUUGUGUUAUUUUUGUGGCGUAUUACUGUUUGCAGAGCACUUUCACAUGCAUUCUAUCCUUUGAUCCUUACGACACCCUCCUGCCUUGGAGGGAGGGAGGGAGGGUGGAUGUCGUGACCUCAUCAAACAGAAUGUAAAGCCGACGUUGAGAAAAACUAAGUGAUUUGCCUAUAGUCCAAAGGCUUUUAAAGUCAUGGAGACAGGCCCUCUGUCUUGGAUUCUUCCCGGGCAAUUCCUACAACACCUGCAGGACGGGGAUCCGGCUGGUUUGCACCCGGUGCAGAGUCCUGGACCCCGUGCCCACCCACACGCCGCCGGUGGGGCAAGGCUGCGAAGCCGGCCACUGGGGGCUGCCCCUCGCUGCCCCGCGUCGCCCCUCAAAUGUGGCUCUGCAUGGAGCCAGCCUCCCUCCACGAUGGUUUCUUUUUCAUCAGCUGUGCUGUGGGGGGUGGGGGAUGGGGGGGGAGGAGGUGACAAAAAAGGCACUUGAGAUUUCAGAACCCUUCCUGAAGAGGAAUUUCUGAGCCAAACUAGAAAUUGAUCUAGACUCAGAAUUCUGGGGCUUGGGGGCAACCUGCUUAGGCGUGAAGUAUCUGGCACCGUCACUCUCUCUCGGGGAUUUUAGGUGGCACUAAGAGGGACUAUAGGUAGGAGACGAUGCAGCUGUUUAGUUAGAGAAGUUUUGUCAGGGUUUCUCGCUGGGGCUGGACACGCGCCCGUGCGGUCCGGCCCCUCUCUUCUGGGAAAGCGAAAAGAGGCACGAAUAACUUCGCUCUUGCCUUGGCUGUAAAGGCAAAGCCACUUUCUUAACAAAGGCAUUAGACAGUACCCCGCGAGAGUUUUCCUUGUGGGACCGCGCAAGAGGAAUCGAAGGAACGACAGGGCCGAGGGGUCCGAAAUCUGUCUCAUGGGAGUCACGUGCCCGGCUAUUUUGUGCCUUGUCUGUGGCAUCAAAACUAAACUGUUGUUGUAUCGCUGUUGCCCGUGAUUUUUUUCCGGUGUCAAACAUACAAAGUGAAUUUGGUUGUAAUGUUUUAAUCUAAAUAAAGUGUUUCACCUA